CUCGGCUCGUGGGGACGUAUUUGUUUUUAUUCAUGGGGUUUGAUUUAUAUGCGGUACUCGCCUUUUAUCUGCAACUUCAAAAGUUUUGAGUUGGUUUAUUCGCCUAGCCAUAGAAUCAACACCGAUUUUACCAGAUUCCUUUCAUAUGUGUUUAGUUUUACCUUCAAGAGACUGUAGCUAUGUCAAAGGGAUCUGAUCCACAACGUAUAUGUUAUACGGCUAAGAGAGGAGGCACACGCUCAAUCAUGAAGCUGCGAAUUGACUGGUUACUACUGUGUAGUAUACACUUAUGUUUUGCGCUGAGUCUUGUACACCAUCCAACACACGACAAUACAACGUAUGAAGCUAGCACGGACCCUCAGCAGCCCGCCAACACAAAGCAGAUCAGAUGGUCAGAAAACGUCUUCAGUUAUGUCCACUCGCUCAAUUGCCAAGAUGUUUUCUUUACAACUCAACGACAGUGUGAGAUUAUCACUCAAUUACAACGACAUGAAGUCAACAUUUAUAUGGCAGAUCCUACGGGUAGAGGGGACCUCUUUGCCAUCACGCCCGAUGGUGGAUUGAGCAAGGCUGGUGGGCAUGAUGGGGUCAUUGUGUUUGACCCAUACCCUUCGGCCAAUUUCGGACAUCUCGUUAUCGUAUUUUUCCUUGAUUUGGAUUCAAAUAGGAUGGUUUGCCAAAAUGAAGGAGGAACAUAUAUUGGUAAUGGCGAAUGUUUGACUCUUGCUCUUAAGAAACGUUGCAAGAAUGCUUUAGAGAAACGACGUCGACGAAACUAUGCAAAGCGGUGUGAGAUCAACUUUUUACCACGAGUUUUUCUGGAACAUGAGCGAGAAACAACGGCACAGCGACUCACAUGUCGUUCAAAUAUCCCAGGAUUUGGAGUAUGCCCACAGAUGCGCUCCAUAAAUGAAACUGCUGAUCUGAUAUGCAACCCACUUCGUGAUAAUACGAUACGAUGCGAAACUACACACGAAACAACAAGAACUAGCUGCAGGCCAUUCGAAAUAUGUGACCAGGCAAUGAUAAUAUCAGGUGGAUGGAACCGACAAAUUAGUUUGCCAAGGCACAAAAGAAACAUUUUAAACGUCUAUAAUAUGUUGAGGAAUAAUGGAUUCAGAAAGAAACACGUCAAAGUCUUUUUCGCUAACGGGAUCGAUGGAACUGAAGUGACUGGGGAGGAGAGUCAGGACAUCCACCCUGCAGCCAUGAAGCUGGCAAUGAGGUACCACUUGCAACGAAUGUGUACUUCACUACACUGUGUAGAGUCCCUGGUGCUCUACCUGAACAGCCCAGCCACCGCUGACGGAAGCUCAUUACUUUGGGAUGUGGAUAAAAACGGAAUUGCAAGUGAGAACGAGAGGUAUACGGUUGAGGAAUUGUUAUCAGACCUCACCGAUUGUCAGGCCAGGCAAGUCCAUCUGAUCGUUGACCAGAGCUACUCUGGUAACAUUGCCCAGGAGGUGCAGAAAUCAAAGCACCAUAGGAACGUGAUCGUCUAUGCCAGUGGAAGUGAACAUGAAUAUUCAUGGUUGGAUGAUUAUACACAUUACUGGGUUACAGCAAACCAUACAGAGACAUGUACACAACAAAUCCAUAGAAAGACGAAAUCAUUAGUGCUACGUUCAGAUCCAGAGAUGGUUCAUGGAGGACGAGAUUUUGGAGAGGUCUCGCAGAAAACGAUAUUUGGGGCACCAUGUAAUGUCCGCCUGCCCUUUACACGUUCCGAACUACAUCGUCAAUACUUUGGUUGUCAAAAUCUACCAACAGGACUGUGGAUAAUGAAAUAUAUGGACAAACCUAUUAACAGGCAACAUACGACUAGCGUAACAGUAGCAAGACACGGCAGUAAUUCAGAGCAAUAGUAUAUAGCAGAGCUUGUGUAUAUAUUUUAUUUAAUUGGAAUGAAGUAUUAUUUAUAAGUUUCAAAUGCAGACGAAGUGAAUGUUGUACAAUUUGUAUUGACACUUACAAGACGGGUUAUGGAAUGGUUGUAAAUAUGUAAAUAUUUUUGAAUUAUCGACACAGUUUAUUGUAAAUAAAUACAGACAGAUUUUAAGUAUAAAAUAUAUAUUAUGUACAUAUCAAAUCGAUGUAAUCAACGUUGUCUUUGUUUUAUUCUUUCACCAUUAAUUAUCAACUGUUCAUCAACAACGUUGUCUUUGUUUUAUUGUUGCACCAUUAAUCAUAAAAUAGUCAUCAUCAACGUUGUC